UCGCCCAUCAUGUCGCCCAACAUGUCGCUCUUCUCGGUCAAUGCCGUCCUGGUCCUGGCCGCCGACGACUCAACGCGCAUCCUCGCCAAAUACUACUCUGCCCCUCAUGCUCCUGCGAAUGCUACCGCCAACGAUUUCCCCGGUGCCAACCCAUACCCUCAACUCAAGGACCAAAAGGCUUUUGAGAAGGGACUCUUGGAAAAGACGGCCAAGCAGAACAGCGACAUUAUCCUCUACGACAACCGAAUUGUAGUCUUCAAGAUGGAAAGCGAUGUCAUGCUCUACGUCGUCGGAGGUGCCGACGAGAACGAGAUUCUACUCUACUCUGUUGUCCUGGCUCUGCGCGACUCUCUGAACAUUCUCCUCAAGUGCCGCACGAUCGUCGAAAACUACGACCUGGUGUCGCUUGCUAUUGACGAGAUUAUCGACGACGGUAUUGUGCUCGAGACGGACCCUGUCAUCGUUGCGUCGCGUGUCAGCAAGCCUCCCGUGCAAGACAUCAGCAGUGUGCAGGGUAUCGACCUCUCGGAAGAGGGUUUGCUCAAGGCAUGGCAGUUCGGUAAGAUGAAGUUGGGUGAGAGAUUACGACAGGGCGUUAUACGGCGGCAACAUGACAAGCGUCACGACCAAUCAUCGAGUGCUUUGUGGGAUACUGAGGAUACCUUAGACGGACCAGACAACCAGAACGAGUCAGUUAAUCGACCAUCAAUUCAAACAAAUUCAAAGAUGGUCCUUUUUUCGGUGAUGUCAUGGUCUUUGGCUUGUUCGGUGGGGCAGCAGCUUGUCGCCCUCUUCUCACUCUCUGCCUCUUGCAUACCACGACACCUUGUCNAAACAAAUAUGAAGCAGCGAUUCUCGUCCUUGGACGUCAAGGUCAUUGCUCACGAGCUCUCGUCGGCCUUGGUGAGCCUGCGCGUCUCCAACAUCUACGAUCUUUCGUCCCGAAUCUUCCUGUUCAAGUUUGCCAAACCAGAGCGUCGCGAGCAACUGAUCAUCGACUCUGGCUUCCGAUGCCACCUUACCACCUUUGCUAGAGCCACCGCCGCUGCGCCUNCGCCCUUCAUCACCCGUCUCCGCAAGUACCUUCGCACCCGACGAGUCACGUCAGUCUCGCAGAUCGGUACCGACCGCAUCAUCGACAUUCAAUUCUCCGACGGCCAAUAUCAUCUUUUCCUCGAGUUCUACGCCGGCGGUAACAUUGUCCUUACUGACAAUGAACUCAACAUCAUCGGUCUGCUCAGAAACGUCGACGAGGGCGCCGAGCACGAGCGCUACCGCCUAGGCCUCCAAUACAACCUCGAGUUGCGUCAAAACUAUGGAGGUGUCCCACCCUUGACCAAGGACCGAGUCCGCGCUGGUCUGGAAAAGGCCAUUGGGCGCCAGUCUCAGGAUCAGUCUACAAAGAAGAUCAAGAGGAAGCCGGGAGACGCUCUCCGCAAGGCUCUCGCUGUCUCCAUUACUGAGUUCCCGCCUGUUGUGCUUGAUCACGUCUUCGAAGUUACUGGCUUCGACAAGAACGUCCAACCAUCAGAGGUUCUUGAGAAUGAAGAGACACUCGACAGACUCAUGGCUGUUUUCGAUGAGGCUGCCAAGGUUCUUGCCGACAUUACCUCCGCCGAAACAGUCACCGGUUACAUUGUAUCCAAGCGUAGCAAGAAGGCUGCCGCCGGUGCCAAUGGAGAUGGUCAGACCGAAGAAGACAAGGCCAAGGGUCUGAUGUACGACGACUUCCACCCUUUCAAGCCAAAACAACUCGAGAACAACCCUGAGAACGUCUUUCUGGAAUUCACUGGCUUCAACAAGACAGUGGAUGAGUUCUUCUCGUCCAUCGAGGGUCAGAAGUUGGAGUCCAAGUUGAGCGAGAGAGAGGAACAGGCAAAGAAGAGGCUCGAGUCGGCUCGUCAAGAACACGCUCGUCGCAUCGGUUCUCUCCAGCAAACACAGGAACUCAAUGUCACAAAGGCUCAGGCCAUUGAGGCAAAUUUAGAUCGUGUCGAGGAAGCCACUGCAGCCGUGAAUGGUCUCAUUGCUCAAGGUAUGGACUGGGUUGAAAUUGAACGCCUGAUCGAGAUGGAGCAGAGUCGCAACAACGCCGUCGCCGAAAUAAUAAAGCUGCCGCUCAAACUCGAGGAGAACACAGUCACACNNUGCUCCUGUCUGAUUACUCAUACGAAGAGGAGGAGGAAGAGAUGGGCGAUGUGA